AUGAAUUUUUGCAACUUUCAUCUCAAAAGUUGUGCAAUAUUUGCCGUCAUUUUGCAGUUUUUCAAUCAGCGGGUGGCUGGAUUCGCAUUCGAACAGUGCAAUGUAACUCGAUCAUGUUGGUAUCAUCCACCGGAAUGCGAUGAGAAUAAUAUUCAAUUAUGUCUGUCCGGCGUUGAAUGGCAAAUGCUACCAGAAGGAAUAUUCAUUCAAUUAGAAGCCCACGUGGCCGACCUUGAUCAAACUCGGCCAUUUUACGCAGCUCUUGGAUUCAGCUUCAAUCAAAGAAUGGAUGACGACACUGUAUUUGAAUGCGUUGUUCCGCACACCGGCGAAGGCAAAGUUCAAAUAUCAUUCAACGACGAAACAUUCAAUCAAGUUCUUCCGCAGGCGACGUCAGUGUUACUCACCGAAGAAACGACAUCGUAUGUCGACGGCGUGAUAACAUGCAGCGGCAAAUUGCUCUUGGACAAUCGUCAUUUAGUCGACAACUCGUCACAAUUUAUGGUUCAUGACUUGGAGACCGGCUCUUAUCAUUUGCUGUUUGCUCGCGGAAGCGCGGAUGUAUUUACCCUAGAGAAAGAUAUUCAUUCGACAAAUGAUGGCACUCAAUUCCCAUGGAUGUCUGAUACGAAGGUCUCAUUCUGUCGAACAAAUUGCUCAUCUCCAAAUUUGUAUCAAAUCGAUGAGAUGCGACAGACCUACAAUGUCGACAGGUAUUGGAGAUACCGGAUAGCGGUGUGGCAUGGAAUUCUGCUCAUAUUCGCGUGGUGGGUUCUCGGCUCGACGGGAAUUCUGAUAGCCAGAUAUUUCAAACCAUUGUUUCCGAGAAGCAAAUUGCUGGGAACCGCUGUUUGGUUUCAACUUCAUCGAGACAUGAUGAUUGCAUCAGUUCUUAUUCAAAUUGUGUGUGUGUUUUUCAUUUUUUAUCAAGCCGGCUGGACAUGGUACCAGUGCUCGUAUAUGUGCACUUCUGACGAUUUCUCCAAAAAGAUGCACGCCAUCACCGGAUUUGCAGCCACAGUGUUAGCAAUUUUCCAGCCCAUUUUCGCGUUGUUCCGCCCGUCGCCAGCGUCAAAUUUUCGCGUCUUCUUCAAUUGGGGACAUUGGUUUCAUGGAAUGUUUGCGUGGGCUUUGGCAUCAACGACAAUCGUUUUGUCACUGCCGAUGGGAAAAACGGGAUUGAAUAGAAUGUUCGGACGAGCACCGAAUUGGAUUGUCGCCGGCUAUAUGCUAUUCUUUGUGGCAUGCAACUUGAUAUUGGAAAUUAUUACAAUAUCUAGCAAUCGGGACAAAAUUGAAAGUGGAAUUCAACCUCAUCGAUUUACUGUUGGUCCAAUGGGUAUGGCAUUGGCUAAUCUCAAUACUCCGAUUAAAGAUGCUCCAAUUCCAGUUCCAAAGAAGACUAAAACGCGGGUUACUGUUGUCAUAAUUCAUUUAAUAGUCAGCUUCGGAGUCACAAUCACAUUCGCCGUAAUGCUCUUCAAAGCUCUUUGGUGCCAUUCACCAUAA